AUGACUUCCGCAGAGUCCCUCCCUCCUCAAACAUUAGCGGAUAUUUUUACAGAAGAUACCUGUAUAGAGCGGCAGAAAUGGCAUCGGACAGUUCCCAUGAAGGUGUUGACCAUUGGCGUAGGGCGGACUGGUACUGCAUCCUUUCGAGCCGCUCUGGAACGCCUCGGCUACGUGGAUACAUACCACAUGAUGAGCGCAAGCGUUGAGAACCCUUCAGAUUGCCUGAUGUGGUAG